AUUGACAGCCUGUCCGUCCAGUCAGAAGCAGGCUCGCCUUUAGACCCAGGAGGGGCAGUUUUGAGAGCAGGAAGCCCCGCCUUUCGCUGGUUGUGACGUCAGAGUCGCCAUGGCAAGUUAUCCGUAUGGGCAGGGCUGCCCAGGAGCUGCAGGACAGGCGCCUGGAGCUCCUCCAGGCAGCUACUACCCAGCAUCCCCCCACAGCGGAGGGGGACAGUAUGGUGGUGGUUAUGGGGGUCCUGCUCCUGGAGGCCCUUAUGGACCACCAGCUGGCGGAGGGCCCUAUGGAUAUCCCAGUGCUGGAACUCCGGGAGGACCGUAUGGUGGUGCAGCUCCAGGGGGACCUUACAGUCAGCCACCCCCAGGAUCCUAUGGUGCACAGCAGCCUGGACCCUAUGGACAAGGUGGCGCUCCUCCCAAUGUAGAUCCCGAAGCCUACUCCUGGUUUCAGUCUGUGGACGCUGAUAGAAGUGGCUACAUCUCCAUCAAGGAACUGAAACAGGCUCUGGUCAACUCCAACUGGUCCUCAUUCAAUGAUGAGACAUGCCUCAUGAUGAUAAACAUGUUUGACAAGACCAAGUCAGGCCACAUUGAUGUCUAUGGUUUCUCAGCCCUAUGGAAAUUCAUCCAGCAGUGGAAGAACCUCUUUCAGCAGUAUGACCGGGACCAUUCAGGCUCCAUCAGCUACACAGAACUGCAGCAAGCUCUGUCCCAGAUGGGCUACAACCUGAGCCCGCAGUUCACCCAGCUCCUGGUCUCCCGCUACUGCCCUCGCUCUGCCAACCCUGCCAUGCAACUCGACCGCUUCAUCCAGGUGUGCACCCAGCUACAGUUAUUGACUGAGGCCUUUCGGGAGAAGGACACCGCUGUACAGGGUAACAUUCGGCUCAGCUUCGAGGACUUUGUCACCAUGACAGCGUCUCGGAUGCUAUGACCCAACCUCCAAGGACUUUCCUGGCUCUUUAGCAUGGGAGAAGCAUGUGGGCCUCCCUUCCUGUCCCUUAUAGAAAUUCUUCCUUGCUUGGCACAGCACAGUUCCCAGAAGCUGGAAGUCCUACAUCAGAGUCACCAAAUAGGGAGGCCCUGGCCUGUGGCUACCCACAUAAGAGCCUGACCUAAAGCAAGUCUUGGCAGUUGACUGUUCUGCCACUCCCAAACAGUUGGCUGGCACAGCCUGGUACCAGAGGCAGGAGGUGCCAGUCAUGGCAGUGGAGUUAGUGUCCAGUCUGGCCUCCAGGUUUCCUUUCUAUCCUGCUGCUAAUAGUAAACCCUUGUCAGCUUCUUACCAUUAGUGCCUGUCUCCCCUCACCCAGGCCAUCUUGUCCAGAGCCCAGUUUCUCCACGAUGGACUCUGAGAAUAAGAGAGAUUUUCCUGUAGGACAGUGGCUUGAAUUUCCCACAUCCACGAAUCCUCGUGUGUGAACUUCUAAAUGCCGGGGGCUAUCCCUGCUCAGGGAGCUUGGGUAUAUGCCCUUUGGAUAUCUUUGGCCAGGCAGUUGCCCUCUGAGACUUGGACCCUUCCCUUGCCUGCCACACUGUGCUCAGCUUCAGUCCCCAGGGGACCAUGUCACCCCCUACUGCCAAUGCUUUUUUUUCCAGUUUUUUUCACUUGGGGCCAAAAGUCCAGUGAAAUUGUAAGCUUCAGUAAAAAGAUACCGUUCUAA